UAAUAACGUACAGAGUAAAUUGCAGUCUAACCUUGUAUGCAGUUCGCUCUUAAUAUUAACUAUAUCGUGCAAACAAAUCUGUAAAAAUCUGUCUUGUUAUUUGGUCCAGUGAAAGAACACAUUAUUCUUUUAGUUCGGAUCGUGGCAGUAUCACCGGACCAGCCUCAAUAACAUCUCUUUGGUAUAUGUUCGGAGGUCCAAGCAAACACUUGUCUGGAGUAAAUCGUUACUUAGGUCAAUUUGAUAGAAUGUAUCGUAGAUGAUUCGACUAAGAUAUCAUGGGUGGCUUCGCAACACGGUCGAUUGGCUUCUCGAUACUGAGCGUCAUUCCUGUAGUGCAAUCCGAAUGUGCUGCCGUUCACUACAUAUCAUUACCUCUUCUAAUACGACUCGAGAAAGCCUAUUUAAUAGCUAGACGUAGGAGGCGUCUUUGUUAAAAGCAUCGCCUGCUGCCUUCGAUACUAACGUCUUCCACCUGGGAUCAUAGCACUGAUCGAUCAGUACUGAUCUCUAAUGAAUGCAGCAAAAAUAGCUUUGAGGAUGUAAUAAUUUUCGUCUCACCCAAUAAUAUCAAGAGAUAUAACACUAAAAUUCGAAUUCCACCUGGCCGGUUCACAUCUCAUUGACGUACGAGCUUGUUGGUGACUUCGAUAGAAAGUAACUGAAUAUUCAUUGUAUGGACAGAAGUGGGUCUUAAUGGCUGGUCAAGUGGCGACUGUUCUCUGUACUCGACGUACCCGUAAAACCAAUAGAAUUUGCGUAAUAACUGAUCAUUAGUAUAUAUUAAAUUAGAUCAUAAGUUAUUCGAUUUCUUAAUCUGACAAAGAACGCAGUACUUCGAUCCGAAUCCUAGUAACAAAUUCAUUGACUAGGUUCUCACCUUGAUUCGUCACUACCUUCUGCCAUACUUCAGGCCAAUCUAUUGACUCCAUUUUCAAAAUCCAAAAAAUUCACUCCAUUUCAAAAAUUUCCAGAUCUGGUGUUUUUUCCAACCAGGCUUCAAGAUCCUUUUCCACUGUCGUAUUUGCAAUUACGAAUUUUAUUUAAUAGUGAUCGGAAUAAGUGUUCAUUCGUCGUGAAGAAUAUGCAACGUGCAAAACAGGCACUCACUUAGGUUUUUUGAAUCUUCACCAUAUGCGAGGUGGUAUUUUUAUAGAAAACGGAUGACUUUGUUUCUCUUAUCAGGUCUCUUCUGCUAGAUAGCUUCGUUCACUCAAUACAAAUGAGCUACGUAUAGGCACUUGUUAAUUGUUUUGUGACUCUUCGCUGCUCCAUGGUGUAUAAGGCUCCACUAAAUAUAAAUUGACUUUUUUGGAUACAGAUUCGUUUUGAAUUCUGGGUUUAGCCGUAUCUAUUUAUUCGUUUCAUUGCUCUAUGUUAACGUGAAGACAUUACUUCUGUCACCGAUGUCAAAUCUCUAUAAGAGCAUGUCAUUUUGGCUGUGUGUAUGGUGCCGGGCGAGAUGAUGCUGAGAAUCAAUGGGUGGUCUUGUUUCCUUGUAUGGUCCACUUAGUCCUGGUUUCUCGUAAAAUUACAUAUGUUCAAGAAGUCUGACAAUAGUCCGGUGCUUAUAGCUUAUUUUUUCGGUUAGCUAACGAGUGAAAAUAGACAUUUAGAUAGCCGACCGGGGUGGGGCACGGUCUCCAGAUCUAUGGUUUCAUCAUUGAUCUGCAAACCCUUUUUUACAAUCCUUUUAGUUACAGAGUUGUGCACAGCACAACUAUCUCAGGCUGAUUCGGUAGCUUUUGAUCUCGUUGAAAAAGGGAAACGAAGUAAGUAUUGAGAAUUCGCUCUAUUCCUAUUGAACCUCCAUAUUUGGAGCCUGUAUUCUACAUAAAAUUAGAUGCACGCCACAGCUAAAUUGCAACAGAAUUAUUGAGAAGGAGAGCACUAAGCGGUGUAUAAGAGCAGACAAACAGUAAGGAAAUGCAGGAAAAAAGGAUAUUACAAGUCAAUCGAAUUUACUUACGUUCCAACUUAAUUAACCCCGCUGGACUAACUUGGCGGAUCGCAACAGUAUAAAGGUGACAAGACGUUAGAUGGUUACCAGAAAAAGAAAUACGUCUGUAAGCUGCUAUUCAUUUUUCUACUUGGUCAUGAUAUUGACUUUGGACAUAUGGAGGCUGUCAAUUUACUGGCCUCGAAUAAAUACUCGGAAAAGCAGAUUGGCUACCUGUUCAUAUCGGUGCUUAUAUCAGCAGAUAACGAGCUGAUGAAUCUAAUCUGCCAAUCGAUCAAAAACGAUCUCACAUCUCGUAAUCCGAUUUUUGUUAUGUUGGCCCUACAAACCAUUGCCAACAUCGGAACGAAGGAGAUGGCCGAGGCGUUCGGAACAGAAAUUCCACGUCUUCUUGUCAGUGCUGACUCGAUCGAUGUGGUAAAGCAGUCUGCUGCAUUGUGCUUUCUCAAGCUAUGUCGAACUAUGCCAUCAUUAGCACCGCAGGGUGAACUCGUGAAUCGAAUUGUGCAUUUGCUAAAUGAUUCGCAUCUGGGUGUAGUAACGUCAGCUGCGAGUUUACUCGACACACUCAUUCGGGGAUCACCUGAUGACUACAAGACAGUAGUACCGAUCGCUGUAUCCCGUCUUCAACGUAUUCUAGCAGCGGCUCACACGGAUCUACAAGACUAUACAUAUUAUUUUGUACCUGCACCCUGGCUCGCUAUUAAAUUGUUACGUAUUUUGCAGAACUACCCGGCACCAGAAGAUCAGACGUUAAGAGCUCGUCUAAACGAGUGCCUAGAUACAAUUCUUAAUCGCGCAAGUGAGCCACCGAAAUCGAAGAAAGUUCAACAUUCGAAUGCCAAAAAUGCUGUCCUCUUUGAAGCGAUCUUGCUCGUGAUUCACAUGGAUUCAAUGGGCGCCGUGUCUGAUCCGACACUCUUAGUUCGCGUCUGUAACCAGCUGGGUACGUUUCUGGCACAUAGAGAGACAAACCUUCGUUAUCUAGCCCUCGAGUCUAUGUGUCUAUUAGCGGCAAGCGAGUACUCGCAUGAAGCUGUCAAGAAGCAUCAGGAUACUGUUAUUGUUGCACUGAAAACAGAACGUGAUGUCUCGGUCCGCCAGAGAGCUGUUGAUCUCCUUUACGCGAUGUGUGACAAGAGUAAUGCAAGGGAGAUCGUUGCCGAGAUGUUGGCUUAUCUUGAGACAGCCGAUUAUUCAAUACGAGAAGAGAUGGUUCUCAAAGUCGCUAUCCUUGCUGAAAAGUAUGCUAGCGAUUACACGUGGUACGUCGACGUAAUUCUGAGACUAAUUCGAACGGCCGGUGACCACGUGGGCGAGGAAGUGUGGUAUCGCGUAGUUCAAAUUGUUAUUAACAGGGAAGAUGUGCAGGGCUAUGCUGCCAAGACCGUUUUUGAAGCUUUACAAGCCUCUGCGUGUCACGAGAACAUGGUUAAGGUAGCCGGAUAUGUUCUUGGCGAGUUCGGCAAUCUAAUUGCUGGCGACGCCAGGUCUAGCCCAGCUGUACAGUUCCGUCUCCUUCAUUCGAAAUAUCAUCUUUGUAGCCCGGGCACACGGGCCCUAUUGCUUACAACGUUCGUGAAGUUCAUUAAUCUCUUUUCGGAAAUUAAACCCGACAUUCAAGCAGUGUUGCAAGCCGACUCGAAUUCUCGCUCGGCUGAUGUGGAACUACAGCAGCGCACAUCAGAAUAUCUAAGUCUUUCACAGAAGGUAUCUUCCGACGUGCUGGCUACGGUUCUUGAAGAGAUGCCUCCAUUUCCCGAAAGGGAAAGCUCUAUUCUUGCUACGUUGCGUAAAAAGAAGCCAGUUCCUGGCGUAGAAAACGAAAAAGAAAGGGCUACAAGGCCGAUACUGCAGGCGGUUACAAACAGCGGCGACUCUGGGUCCCUUGUAGCUACCAACGGCGGGACGAAUGGCACUAAUGGAAGUGAAAUCGACCUUCUCGGAAUCGGGACCAGCCCGGUCAAAUCUGUCGACAACGAUCAACAGCAAAAUCCGAACAUUGAUUUUCUAUCCGACGAAUUCGGAGCCCCAGCACCUGCUAAAUCAGUAACGUCCACAUCGAUGGGAAACGCCGAGGAAAACCUUAGGAAGAUGAUAUUCAAAAGCAAUGGCGUACUGUUCGAAAAUGAGCUAAUUCAAAUUGGAGUGAAAGCAGAGUACCGUGGCCACAUGGGACGAGUGUCCCUGUUCUACGGUAACAAAUCAACCUCUAUGCCAUUUCAGUGUUUUACAGCUACCGUAAUCCCACCAUCAGAGCCAAAACUCUUAAUACAAAGCAAUCCUGUUGACAGCACCAUUGGACCUAAGGACCAGGUUCAGCAACAGUUGCAAGUUGAAAUCGUAGAACCCUUUUCGGCAGCAGAUCUACCUCUGUUGAACUUGAAUUUCACGCACAGCGGGCAGAACGUGACACACCAAAUGAAGAUUCCUGUUUAUCCAAACAAAUUCUUUGAGAAAACAUCUAUGGCUGCCGAUAUUUUUUUCUGCCGGUGGAAGGCACUCGGAAGUCCCGCUCAGGAGCAACAAGUUGUUUUCAAAGCCGCGCAAUCGAUGGACUCUGCGGCACUUCGUGCCAAAUUGGAUGGCUUUGGUUAUGAGGUGAUUCCCAACAUAGAUCCUAACGGCGAUAAUUUUGUUGGAGCUGCCAUUCUGCACACGAAGAUGGGUCAAGUUGGGUGUCUUCUUCGUCUCGAGCCUAACCGACAAGCCGGCAUGUAUCGCCUUACAUCAAGGACAUCAAAGGACAAGCUCUCGCAUAUCAUAGUCAGUCUUCUUCAACCAAACUUGUGAGACGAAAUCACUACUAGAAAUUAAACGGAAAAUAUGUACGAUAGUGCCGGAAGUUUGCAUGGUUCUGCAAAUUAAGAUGGAUAUCUCAUGCUUGCUUAGAUGAGAGCUUCUCUCCUAGUGUAAGAAGGAUUUUCUGUAUGUAAGCACAUAUGCUCUACUGUUUACAGCACAGUCUAGGAAUGACAGGACUGGUUAUUUGCCUUUUUUUCUCUAAUGCAACAAUGCCUUCUAUGCAACACCCCUUUUACCCAUCAUUUGAUAAGUUACAUGCACAUAUACAGCUGCACGCACACAUAAAAAGUUUGAAAAUUGCUGCAGUCGCUCUCGGUUAGGAUCUUGAGUCUGUGUGUUCAAAAUGACAGCAUGAAUCUGGUCGAAGAUCUGAACUGGAAUUUGAUCAUAUCAUUUCUCAUUUCUCUCACAGUAGUUUUUUUUACAGGUGGACUACUUCUGUAUUAAACACCAGUAGAUGUUUUUGCUGUUGCAAAUGUACUGGCCUGACAGGCGUGAGUCCCUUUCAAAAUAUUAUUCUGAAUAGAAUUCUCUCUAUUUUUAUUUAUCGAUGGACACAAUCUUUGUCUAUAGAAAUUGCAUCUUUAUUUAAUCUAAAUGUGUUUGAUAAAAAUAGCGGCGAGCUCAUUUACUUACUCGUCACCUAUUGUCCGUGUUAUAAUGAUAACAUUACAGUAAUAGUGUUUAUAUAUAUAUACUUAUGUAUCUGGUAAUUAUGGAUUUAUCUAUUUUCCUAUUACUAUUUCUAUUGUUGAUGUUAGUACUAUCAUAAGUCCUUAUGCUGCUUCUGACAUUAGCCGACUGAACAUAUAUAAUGGUAAGCUCAAACGAGUUAAGGUAAUGUUGUUCAAUACCUUCUACGAACAAACAGUGUUUAAAAAACUCACGUUGCGCAGUUGUUUGGCAAAAAAAGACGGGGUGAUAAAUAAAUUUAAAUAGAGCCAGUGUAGGAGAUGGAUGGAACGUUCGACAUCUCGUCGUAGAUACACCCACCCUAUAAGUGAAUGUAGCCAAACAUGUGUAUGUUCAAACUCAGCAAUGUUUAGGCAUUGUAAACUAAAGUACCUUGAAAGUUAGUUCUAAUUAGGAAAGAACGUUAGAGAAAGCAAAUCUAGCUUAGAAGGAAGUCAAGUUUUUACGUGUUAUUUAACGUGACUAUAUUUACAACUGCGACGAUAUUCUAUGCCGAUGUCAAAGCUAAAGAUGAGAAAAACGAGUAAGGCAUUUUUGAUAUAUACUUAUACAUUCAUACAUUUAUAUAAAACUCACAGCCUUAUAUUUGAACUACUGCAGGAUGUGUAAGAAAAUAUGCAACGUACUUCUUCGCUCAGAAAGUGGCGUGUAUGUAGAGAAAAAAAGAAGGUAUACAGAUAUAGCCACGUGCAAUGAUGUAUAAUGAACAUGCGCUGUUCGUUUAUAAUUUAGCUAUUGACGUGUAACGUUAACGAUUUUGGUUAGCCCGAAAGAAGCGACAUAAGAAACUACGAUGGAGAUAUCGAACAAAAUAAGUACGUUUCAGCUAGAUUACUAAGUGUUUCAAAAAUCAUACAUACGGUUGUCAGGUAAGAAAAAUGGAAGGCUAAUUGACAAAACAGCACGAACAUGGUGCACAAAGAUUUACUAUUACAAAUACUACUAACUAGACGGAAAGAGAGAGCGAAAAUGGUAAAGUUAAUGAUGUAUUUUCAAAUAAAAAUUAAUACUCUAUUUAU